CACCUUCCAUCCACAUCAACUUGGUUUAAAAGUCUCCCGAUUCAGCCAAGCUUGUCUUCCUCUUGGGAAACGCAUUUGGAGCAACAAGAGUUUAAUUAAAGAAACGUCCGGAGAUGAGGAACUAUGUUCUCCUAAUGUUGAGUUGGGCUGCCGGAUCAGCAGUCUGCUCAAAUCCAGUUGAAAUGAAAAUUAUAGACCUUAAAGAAGGAAAUUGCUUCGUCAACAAUGAUGCUUUUUAUGACAAUGUUGAAAAACCACAAAACACCCAAAGGCUUGCCUACACAGCUCAGAACGUACGAUGGACUUCCCCGAUUCCUUAUGUCUUUGGUGACGGCCUAGACCUGAAUGCCAAAGGAGUCAUCCUGAAAGCCUUCGACAGCUUCAGGGUCAAGUCAUGCAUAGACUUUGUUCCAGAACUCUCUGAGGAGUAUUACAUCUCUGUCCAGAAUUUAAAUGGAUGUUUUUCAGACAUUGGAAAAGAAAAAGCCAAUGGACAGGCUCUCUCCAUCGGAGACGGCUGUGGUCAACAGUAUUUGGUUGAACAUGAGUUUCUACACGCUCUUGGCUUCUUUCAUGAGCAGUGCAGAUACGACAGAGAUGAGUAUAUAACUAUUGUGUAUGCAAACAUCCUAAAAGGUCACAGUGGGAAUUUUAAAAACAUAAGUCGUGCAGUCAGCAGCACCUUUGGAACACCGUAUGACUACUGGUCUGUGUUACAUUACGGCAAAGAUGCGUACAGCAACGGCAAUGGCCCAACAAUUCUCACCAAAGACCCAAAAUUCCAGAAUGUGAUUGGUCAAACUCUGGGAAUGAGUCCGCUCAAUGCUCUGGAACUGAACCGCUUUUACAACUGCAACUCAACCGCUGCCUUUCAGAUGUACUGUGGUUUUAUUAACGGUAGCAUGUGUCAAAUGAGACAGUGCUCACGGAGCGGUAACGGCUGGGAAAUGAUCUCACAAGUUCAAGGGGGUCCAAGCUCUGAUCACACCAGUCUCCUCAGUAAAAACACAAAUCAGGAUCAAGAAACGGGAUAUUUCAUGCAUGCUAGCACGUCUUCCGGUCAGAAAGGAGAUUCUAAACGGCUUGAGACACAGAGAAUGGAUUUGAAAAGGGAAUGUAACGUCCAGUGUCUGCAGUUCUACUAUUAUUCCAGUGGGAAUGAGUCUGAUUCUCUCAACAUCUGGGUCAGAGAGUUUCAAGAUGCCUGGGACUCCACUGGAGCCAUUCGGCUCAUGAAACAGAUCACUGGUUCUCGAACAUCUUACUGGAAGCUCCAACACGUUUCCUUAAACGCCUCCAAGAACUUCCAGGUGGUGUUUGAGGUUCAGAAGGGACCUGGAAGUUCUGAGGGCGGUUUCUCAAUUGAUGACGUCAAUCUCUCCGAGAUCGAGUGUCCACAUUUAUCUUUGCAAAUCGAUGAAUUUGAGAACAUUUUUAGCUCUGAUAGCAAAGAGAACAUCUACAGUCCGCGUCAUUACACGGAAAAAGGAUAUGCUUAUAGACUGGCUGUUGGAUUCAACCAGACUUCAGUUAUGCUGUAUGUGCAGCUCUUGUCAGGUGCCUAUGAUAGCACCUUAGAGUGGCCUGUCCUCCAAAAUCAAGUGACUUUCCAAAUGCUGGAUCAGUCCCCUAACAUCCAGAUGCAGAUGUCAAAGAAAAGGAGCUUCAUGACUGACCAAAGUGGCACAUCCUGGACCAAUCCUGGUGAAACAGGAAGUCUUAUUAUGACUCCGACUGAAGGGGAAGUCCAUGCAGGACCUCUUACUGGUUUAAACAACUUUAUGUCUUUGGAAGAAAUGCAGUUUAGAGAUUUCCUUAAAGGCGGGAGUGCCGUUUUCACCUUGAGUUUUCAAGAUCUCACUUCUCUAGUUAACGGAAGCACUCUACCGUGUCCUGAAAUUAGAACUGUGGAGACGUCACACCCACCCACGCCUCUGGACAAAAGCCCAUGUCUGUCACGAGUUUCCAGCUUCUCCCCUGGGUUGGUGGCAUCUCCCGUCCUCACCUUUCUACUAGUCCUGAAACAUCUGGAGUUCUGAUUGCACUCUACGCAGAGGACUCCAACAAAUUCCAAACCCUAAAAUCACCAUUUUUAUUUCAGCUCUAUUUGUUCUUCAUCUAUUAACAGUGGUUGGUGCUAUACACGGUCUAGGUAUGGUUUGCAGAAUGAGUGGAAAUUCAAGAUCUUCAGUUUGUAUUGUCAGUGUAAAAACUAUGCCUGAUGUAUGUGAUUCAUAUUCUUUCUGUAAGGUUUUUAAUUAGUUUAUUUGAUCUUUAUUCAGCGUCCAAUCAAAACAAAACAAAAUAAAUUUUGAUAUCGAAAGUAUGA